UGUGUGUGUGGAAGAGGAGUGUGAGUGUGUGGAAGAGGAGUGUGAGAGACAGUCCUGAGUGACAGUGUGAGUGAGGGGUCGGGGAAUAGAGCAUGCUCCGGGACUGCAGCGGCCUCGGUGGGACUCCGUUGGCUGUGUCUGGUGCGUUUGGUGGGCCGCCGUGUUAGCAGAGCUGCGGCCCGGACCGAAGACUGAGGGGGAAGAUGAAGACCAGGAGAGGAGGAGCGGGAGCGGGAGCAGCAGCGGGAGGAGAAGGAGGCUUACUGUGCUUACUGUGUGUCGUCCUUUCGUGCCUUCAUGUUCUGCACGCGCAGGAGAACCAGGUGGUCUUCUCUUUGGGAACGUUCCAGAACGUGAGUGUACCUGUGAAUGGGAGCGUCCAGGCGGUCGUGUCCAGAAUCCCUGCUGAAGUGGCUUUCAUCACACUGCAGUUUCACACUCAACAUCGCAACGCUACUCUCUCAUUCAGAAGUGUCCCGGUCUAUGGUUCUUCACUCACCGCGGUUGAUUCUGGAUUGCUGUUUCCCCUCUUGUCAUCCCAGUCCUCUCUUUCCUGCUACCUACUGGCCCCUGAUGGUGAUCCUGUUGCAGGCACUGGUGUUCUACUGCCCUACACAAGCACUGAUCCUGUUCCUGGGGCCUGUAACCUGGAGUUUCCACUGGAGAAUGAUCCAAACAUCUACUUGCGCUACAACCUUUUUGAGACAGUCAUUCGCUUUGCUCCUGCUAACAUUGGACAUGCAAGAGAUGUCUCUCCACCUGCCUGUGAUGUGGACACAGGCUUCAGCACUCGCUGGCGGUUAGAGUACGAUGUGUAUCAAUACUUCCUCCCUGAGAACGACCUGUCAGAGCAGAGCCUUAUCAGCGGCAUAGAGAGGGUCGCCAGUGUGUCAAGCAUGGUGGAAAAUGGGAGAAAGCUGAUGACAUUGUCCUCUAAAGACCACACAGAACUGUCCUUUAACUCCAUCCCGGGACAGGGAGUUAUCUACUCCAUUGUUGUGAGAGACCCCGUCUCCAAUACCUCAGCCUCCUACAUCCCUGUUCACACCUAUGCCUGCAGCUUUGCCUCCGUUCUAGAUGGCUGCACCACUUUAGGGAGAAUAUCCACCAAAGUUUUUUUCACCAUUACAGGACUUGCAGGGCUCUUUGUAUGUUUCUUGGGGCAUCGGUUUUUCAAAUGUGAGCUCUUCUGUAUGGGCUUUGCCUUUGGAGCUUUUUUCUUCUUUGUGCUGAUCACAAGAACCACCACGCUGGAUUACAACAUUCGACUGACCCUGACAGCAGUGAUAGGUGUGGUUGGAGGUGUGAUUCUGGUGAUGACGUGGUGGCGGUUCGGUUCAGUGAUGGCAUGUGUUGUGGUGGUCGGACUUAUUCUCGGCUUUCUCGUCUCCUCUAUCGUCUUCUUCACACCUCUCGGUGACCUGGCCGUGUUUCGCAAUGACGUGGUGUUCUGGGUGACGUUCAGUUGCAUUGUGCUAAUUGUACCUCUCUUCUUCAUCCGAUGGCCAAGAGAGGGAAAUAUAACAACAUGUGGCGUAGUCGGGGCAUACACGGUUGUGCUGGCUGUUAACGCCUACACCUACACAAGCCUGUCUUACAUCACCCUGGAUAUCCUUAAACGCUUCCUCAACAAUAACUUCAGCAGAGCUUUCAUCUCAGUUCCACUGCAGAACAUCGAUUUCGUCAUGAUCACAGUGUGGGUGGUUCUGGCGGUCUCAGGCAUUGUGGUACAGCUGUACAGGGAGCGUUCGCGGCCCUUCUUCCCACCUAGCCCGUACGUGAUGUGGCGCCAGGAACGUGAGAGGCGGAAGACCAACGUCCUAGACCCAAGCCAUCACACUCCCUCGUUCCCUGCACGCCUGCUGGCCUGUGCGCGCCAGCUCACACGCCACACGGAGCCUGCGGGUGAGCGCACGCCCCUCCUGCUCUGACUUUCUGACCUUUCACUGAUCUUUCUGUGGAUGGUCUACUCAGCCUGUACCCUGUACCCCUCUGCUCCUGAAUGAGGACGCACAAAGCUGACGAAAGGAGGACCGGUCCAAAGGCCUAAAAGAGGCGAGAGGCCCUGCUAGGCUACAAAUUACUAGGACUUUGGGGUUUCUGGAUAUGACCCUUUCAGUAGCUUCCUAUACAUAUACACAUAGACGACUUCUAGAUUGUGCUCUUUUCUACCAGAGCAUAGUGGCUGCUGUGCUCACUACCACAUGGAGCAUCAGCAGUAAAGUGUUCUUAAAAAUCAUAGGUCAUAUGGCUGGUCACCUUCGUAUGAUUUGGUCAGUGGCCUGGCCUCUAGCCUCACAGUGAAUCCUUUAGGUGUGUGUAUAUAUAGCUGUUGCAACAGCCCCUGUAGAUUGUGAGCUUGUAUGGUGCAAAGUAAAAGGACACAAAUUAUAAUGUACUGACAGACUCUGCAGUGGAUUAUGUAAACAUAUAAAAUGUAUUAGGACUGGGCUGGCCCUAAAAGAAGAGCUUCGGUAAAGUGGAUGGACUAUAAGCCCUCUGUCAAACCACAGGCUUUCUUUUGUUGUUUUUAACCAUGUGAAGGAGCCACAGACAAAAAACAGCAAAGUAAUUACGAGGCACAGUGACUGGUUGCUUUUAAAACCUUUUUUUUUCAUUCUUUCUAAAAGACGCCUGCCUAAUGAACUGCACACUUCCUAAUGUAGUGAUAAGCUUGUCUCAGCAUUCAGUCUCCGAUUUUAAACUUUCUUUGUUUCCAAUAUCACUUCAGUGUAACUAGAUAUUUUAAAGCUUCUGUUUUUUUGUUUUUUUUUAUUCAAAGGCGAGUUACCCAAAGGCACAAAGGUCACUCUAAGAAGGUAGAGCGACAAUCACUUUGAACACCCUCUCUAAUAGUUCAACUGAUCUUAACACUGUGAUGCUUUUGGGAAACUGGGCCUGACUUCAUCACUUGGGUUUUUCCAUUCAAGUCUCAGAAUGCUCGUGCUUAAUAGAUUGCUGUUUUUUAAAGUGCAUGAAUUAUGGACUUUGGAGGAAAAAAGCCCAAACAGACCAAAGUCCAGAACGUGGAAGGUAUAUCCCUUCAUUUUGCCUUUUUAAAUAAGUUAUUGAUUAGGGAGCCAUCAUGUGUUGAUUUAAUCUAAUAACUGAAAAGUUUAGUUUGUGCCACUGAUCAUUAGCCAGAUUAUAGGCCCACAUAAUGAUAACCUAUUAUAGGCCACAUUUACUGUGGCAUUCUCAUAGGUUAUCAAUAAAAUCCCUGGAGGAAGAUGACCGCAGAUAUCUGUCAGUUAACUCUAACUGUGGAUCCUGCUGGUAAAUUUUCCUUCAGUACUUUUUAGCCACCUCUGUGAUUCAGAUCUUUUACCUUUUUCCUUGUUACAUCAGAUGCUACAGUUCACCUGCACUAUGAAUUGGUUUCUAAUAUUUUGUCACACUUUGCACUUAGCAUGGGAGUGAUAUUGAAUAUGAAAUAUGGUAUUUUAUGUAGGCAAAAAAUGUAGCAUACUACUACUGUGUAUUUGUCACGUGGGCCCUGCAAAGCUGUUCAUGCUUACUGCAGGAAUUUGCACAUCCAGGGAAUCCUGGAGAAUAUUGGGAAGCUGUAUUGAUAGGAAUCUCAUAACCACAUUUAUGCUGUAAACCCCCUGCUGAAUGUUUAAAGGGGAAGUCAACCUGUCUGCGUAAUUAAAUAGUAAUUUAAAGUGGUUUGAUGUGAAAUAUUCCAUUCUAGAGAAACAUACUGUAUUAGAACUGCUUACAGCAGUGGCCUCCAAAAGAGUUUAAUGCCUCUAAAACUCCCUCACAGAAAGGUAAUACAUGAAAUUGUGACCAAUACGUUGCCUGAUGGCUGAGACAUUGUUUUACGAUAGUUUUAGAAUAAUAUUUUGGCCUAAAAACGUAGGUUUUUAAGUCCAUUCUUAGCGGAGUGGUAGAUACAGGAGGUUGUACGGCAAAAUAUUAUCCAAAGAAAGCUUUUUAUUUUUAGGUUUACCACUGUUGUACCAUUACUGACAUUAUAUUUAAAAACUCAAGACACAUGGGGGUGUGCAUUUCGGAUAAUAAAUAAAACGGCUGUGUUGUAGACAUUACAACCCCUAUUUCCUAUCACCACAGCUGAACUAUUUCACAUGAAACCACACUGAAUUAUGCAGAUAUUUCUGAAACAUUGGUGGAGUCCCAUUUUUAAAAAGCACUUAUUUAGAGGAGAAUGCUGACUCGAUAAUGCUUAUGUGAAACGCACAGUCCAGAUGACAAGAUUUGGAAGUGUAGAAUCCCUGCCAGUGUAUUUAUUUAUACUAUUUUCUGUGUCCUCUAAAGGUCCCUCUGUGAAUGUGUCUUAGGUUCCAGACACAAGCCACAUAAGAAGAUGGGGAUGUUUAACACAUAAUCUGAGUGCUUAAAUCUACAUGCAGAAUGUGCCGUGUUUUGAGUGCUGUUUAUUUGGGGGCCAGUUUCUCUCUUCUCAGGGUUUUUGCAGUAAUACCACUGAUUGCCAUGGCCCAUUGUAAUUGUCCUCGUUCUUGCCGGAAUAGGAACUGCAAUGUUUGAUGUAGCUUCAAACUGAUGGCUUGAUUGAUGUUAUUGCCUGAUGAUUGCAGGAACCUCUUGCUUAAAUUUCUGUCCCGUCAGAACUGACACUUUAAACACUUUUGUCGGUGAUGACUUGUUUUCUAAGUCCUUUUUCUUUUUUUUUGCAAAAUAUUUAACUCUAUUUUGUAAUAGCUAAAUGUAAUAAAGUUGUUCGUAAGUGUCAUAAAA